AACCGUCGCUCUCGUGUCAGCAAGUGAUGAUGUUCAAGCAUGUUUUGCCUAUCCGGAGAUUGCUAGCUCGCGGUUAGGUCCCUUGAAUGGAAACCCCUCUUUCUCGCACAUGAUCAGACAGCCGUAAAGGAAGCGAGCUGGUCAACAGGUCUAUCAUGUCUAUCAUGUCUAUCCAUGUGCGCCGCCCCAGGUAGUACUGCAACUACGCGCGUUUGUUAUCAUUACUUUGAGUUCUUGUUCUUGCAAGCAGAACUACCAUAGACGUCAGCGAUAGCUCGCGGUAUACGAUGGCGAAGCUUCUUUUCCCUCUGAGACUGGUCACAGUCCUUCUCGGCCUCUUAUCACGCACCGUCUUUGGCGUAGCUCUCGAUGAUAUUUUCAUAGUCCAAAGCGGGUCGACUCACGGCGGCUGUGAUGCACAUUACGAUCAGAGCGCCAAGACAGGCACUCUGGAUCAAUGGCUUGAUGAAAUCAACUUUGCCCUUAGCACGGCUAUUGAUGGCAUCGAUGAGUACAACACAAAUCCCAGAGUUCGAAAGGCGCUUGAUAUCUGGUUCGGCAUUCACAAUGGCGGAUCUCUCAGGGCGGGUAGUGAUGAUACCCUGGCGCAGAUCGAUUGGGUUGGCGACCGCCUCAAGGAUGUCCAGGACUUCCUAAGCUUCGCAGACCGCUCGGAUGCCCCAGGCCAGCCUCGCUUUCCGCUACAUGGGAACCGCUAUCUGUUUUGCGGCAGCGACUUCCUUACUCUGAAAGCGACAAACACGCCGGCCCAGGACUGGCAGGCUCAGAAUAUCUUGGAUGAACAUGGCAACGUCGUCAACAUCGCGGGAGUGCCCAGCUACGCCGAAGCCCUCGCCGCAGACCCCAAUGCCGCUAGCUGGUGGUCUGGCGACAGGUCGCCAAUAAACGGAUACUACUUCGCGGAGAUCGCCGGCUCCUACUGCGACAUCGAAGGAAACCUCGGCCUUACGGCAGUGAUAAGAGAGCUAGAGGCAGACAUCACUGGCACGCCGACGGUGCGCGGAGACAUUGAGAGCGUCAUCAUCUGUCCCUUCAAUUUCGAUAACAGCAAUCCCAAGCCAGUAAACUACUCGUUAGCAAGCGGGAAUAUAGUUCAAGGUACUAACCUGAAGGACGUGGUGCCCAAAAGCGCGACAUUUCUCCACGAGGCCUUCCACGUCGUCUUCGGGGUAGUACAUAAUGACGGAGAUACCGAUGACCACGGGUUUCUCGAGGGCGACGAGUUCUAUGACAUGAUCGAGCUCAUCAAGCAAGCCAAAAACAACCCGCAAACCAAGGCCCAGAGAAACCCCGAAAACUACGUCUAUUUCGUCACGCACAUGUUCUACCUCCUGGGAACAACAGAUGAUGAUAUCCGAGCCAACUGGGACUUUGCACCCAUGGGGCGGGGUCGGAAUAGGAUUGUUGGGGCGACGGAUCAGUUAAGGAAUGCAGAAGAUCCAUAGGAUCUUGAGUAAGGAUGGAUGCCUGCCUAGGUAGGUAAAUAUAGGUAUCAAUAGGAAUUACUAUUGUCGAGGGAGAUGUGGUGAUGAGUCUUGUAAAGGAGUCCAGGUACCUCACAGUUAGGUAGAUAGACCUAGGUUAAAGCUGUUAUACACCGUUGAUAUCGAAGUUAUGAUAUGUGUGCUUUGGAUCGUGUAUAUACCAUGCUGCUCACCAAAUCAUGUGAACUUGGAAAUCAUCAAGCCCCUGAAAAAUCAUGAAUCAAGGGAAAACCCCCAGGAUGAUAAAUGCCUACCUACCUCUACCUAAAAGACAUCAAGUAGUGGUAUUACUCCAAGCACCAUCGAUACAGUAGACACUAUACCCAAGAUCCAUACCUAAAUCGC